GCCAUCCGUCUAGGGUUCUUAUCAUCCUCACCCUCACCCUCUCCCUCUUACUUCAAUCUUACCAACCCCUCCCUUUAUUUUAUUAGGGUUUUUAUCCAUCUUCCACAACAUGAUGCAACCAGGCAACGGUAUGCCACCACCUCCAAUGGCUCCGAUGCAGCCGCCACCACAACAGUACCAACAAGCGCCACCGCAGCAGCAGUGGAUGAUGCCUCCACCUCCUCAACAACAGCAUCAACAACCACUGCCGCCCCAUAUGUGGCCCCAACAACAGCCACCGCCUCCACAGCAACAGAUGAUGCAACCAACUCAGCAGCAGCAGCAGCAGUAUGCUGCUGCUCCUAGCACUACCGAUGAGAUUCGCUCGCUUUGGAUCGGGGACUUGCAGUAUUGGAUGGAUGAGACCUAUGUUACCAAUUGUUUCUACAACACUGGAGAGGUUCUUUCAGUGAAAAUUAUUCGAAACAAGCAAACUGGACAACCUGAGGGUUACGGUUUUAUUGAGUUCAGGAGUCGUACUGGUGCAGAAAAUGCUCUACAGACCUACAAUGGAACACUGAUGCCAUCUACUGAGCAGAAUUUUCGCCUCAACUGGGCUACCCUUGGUGCAGGGGAGAGACGCAAUGAUGAUACCCCUGACUACACAAUAUUUGUUGGUGAUUUGGCCGCAGAUGUUUCAGAUUACAUACUGCAGGAGACAUUCAAAGCUGUUUAUCCAUCCAUCAAGGGAGCGAAAGUUGUCACUGACAGAACAACUGGACGUUCUAAAGGCUAUGGUUUUGUUAGAUUUGGAGAUGAGAGUGAGCAAGUUCGUGCCAUGUCUGAAAUGAAUGGAGUUUUAUGUUCAUCUAGGCCAAUGCGGAUUGGUCCUGCGGCUACCAAGAGUGGUGCAGCAGGUGGGAUGCAGAAAGCUCCCUACCAAAAUGCUCAAGGAAGUCAGGGAGAGAGUGAUCCAAACAAUACAACUAUAUUUGUUGGUGGGUUGGAUCCCAGCGUCUCUGAUGAAGCCUUGAGGCAGGUGUUUGGACAGUUCGGUGAGCUAAUUCAUGUCAAGAUUCCAGUGGGUAAACGAUGUGGGUUUGUUCAGUUUGCUAACAGAGCAUGUGCAGAGCAAGCGUUAUCAAUCCUAAAUGGUACUGAAUUAGGAGGCCAAAAUAUUCGCCUUUCGUGGGGACGUAGUCCGUCGAGCAAACAGGGACAGACAGAUCAAGCCCAGUAUGGCGGCGGCGGCGGUGGUGGUGCAUAUUAUGGGUAUGCACAAGGAUACGAAGCGUAUGGGUAUGCUCCACCACCUCAAGAUCCAAAUGCGUAUUACGGCGUGUAUGCAGGAGCAGCUGGAUAUGGUGGUUACCAACAACCACAGCAGUGAUGAUGUGGAAGUAGCAGAAGAUGUGUUUACACUUGUGAGGUGUGAGAAGUGUUGGGUGUGUAGUAAGUAGAGUAUUAAUGGAAGUGGAGUUUGAUGAUAUGCCAAGGGAAAGCACCUAGUUCGAGUUCGAGUUCUAGUGUCGAUGUUACUUGACAUUAUCCUUUUGUUUUUUUUUAAUGAUGUUUCGGUUGUGGAUCUCAUCUAUUAUCUAACUGUCGCUGUGGGUUGAGAAUAUUGAAUUUCUGAUUUCAAAAUCUUUGUUAGUUGCAUUA